UCACUGUUCAGAUUUUACAGUUUUGUUUGUGAAUGGAUGUUCAGAAGGCGCCACACUUUAGAAAUUGUAAUUGUUUUUAAAUUGAGACAGAAUGGCUAGUCAAAACUUAAAUAAUUUAAGAAGAUCUGUCAAACCAGAAGUUACGUUUUAAUGAAGAUGCUUGAGAUGAACUGACGCAAAAACUCCAAAUGACGCUUUCAGACAAUUAAGCACUGAAUAUAUAUUGCUCUAUGUAUAUUCCACAUUUUUGGAGAGACGGACCUGCUGAAGUUGUAUCUAAAAUACAGAGCUGAUGAGGAUGCGCUCACCAGACCCGUCUUCACUGUCCCCGUCGGAGGCGCUGCUUCAUGGGCAGUUUGCCAGCUGGGGAUCUGGGAGCAACAGCAACAACAACAGCUGUCCCAACAGUCCUGGGGGUCCGGGCGGGAUCUCCCCCGCUGCCUCCCCCACCCCACCUUUGGCCUCUAACUACGCCUUGACCCUGACUUACACCCACAUACACAUCCAGAGACUGUCCCCUCGGCCCGGGAAGGAGGCCCGGCUGCUGCUGCCUUUGUCUGAGCUGAUAGGGUGCAGCUGUCCCCGUGCCCCUGCGCCCCCCCUGCUGGUGCUGUACUGGUAUCCACCUGGCAAAAAACGCAAAGGGGUGUCUCGGCGGAGGCAGGUGCGGGCGUACCUGUCUGAGAGCCGCGGUGAAGCUGAGAGGUGGUCCGCUGCAGUGCAGUGUCUGCUCCGAGGGGUCCCCGUAACUGCGGAUACAGAGUUCACCAGAAGUCUGCUACCUCGUCCCAGGCGGCUACUGUUAUUGGUCAAUCCUUUCAGUGGGAGAGGCCAAGCAAUGCAGUGGUGUCAGACCCACAUCCUGCCAAUGAUCAGAGAAGCCAGUAUCAGCUACAAUCUUAUCCAAACAGAGCGCCAGAACCACGCCAGAGAACUCAUACGAGAGAUUUCUCUGCCAGAAUGGGAUGGAAUCAUCAUUGUGUCUGGAGAUGGGCUGCUACAUGAGGUAAUUAAUGGUUUGAUGGAGCGUCCUGACUGGGAACAAGCAAUAAAAACCCCUGUGGGCAUUCUGCCCUGUGGCUCUGGAAAUGCACUGGCCGGCUCUGUCAACCACCACGCAGGAUAUGACAUGUGCCUCCGGGAACCCCUCCUCUUAAACUGCUGCUUUCUUCUUUGUCGUGGAGGAGUCCAACCAAUGGACCUGGUGUCUGUGACCACCAGCCCCGCCCCCAACAGCCACUCCAGCCCCCCCCGAAGACUGUUCUCCUUUCUGUCUGUCGCCUGGGGCUUUGUAUCAGAUGUUGAUAUUGAGAGUGAGAGAUACAGAGGCUUAGGUUCCGCUCGUUUCACUUUGGGCACUCUUGUGCGCAUUGCUUCUCUUAGAUCUUACAAAGGGCGACUCUCCUAUUUACCACCAUCUAUCACCACCACAUCUCCAGAUGCCACGCCUCCUCCUCCACGGCGUCCCCUGUCCCGCAGUAUCACCGAGGGACUGGAGGGUUUCUGCAAAACCCCAAUUCACCGCACAGGCUCGGAUAUGGGCAUCAGUGAGCAGAGGAGCCUUCGACGGGGUGAAGGAGAGAGGGAGAAGGAGGAGAGGCAGCGGGAGAGACAAAGGAGGAGGCAGAGGGCCAGAGGAGGAGGGACGGGAGUGGUGCGGGCCAGUAGUUUGGCAGAGGACAGAGAGAGAGAGCUGGAGAUGGAGGCUGAGGAGGAGUUGUGUUCUGAGAGAUCUGGGACCAGUUCAGAAUCUAAUGGGGAAGAUUGUAACAUCGGAAAGAAUGAACGGUUGGUUGAUAAAGAUGAAAGGGAAGAGGAGGGCACAGUAGAGCAGGACUCUAGUGAAAUGGAUGACGAUGAUCGGAGCAAGGACGGUGAUGAGGAUGAAGGUGAGGGGGUGUUACCUACAAAAGAGCUGAGGGAAAGCUUUGGAGUAGACUUAGGACGAGAGGCAGAUGACGAGACUAAAACUGAAUAUACUUAUGAAGAUAGUCCCCAGGAGAGCAGACAGGCCAUUAGAAAGAACUCAGCCCCUUCCAGUCAGAUUGUUAAUGCGCUGUUAAGCCAACCUCUGAGGCCAGAGCCCAAUCCUGCUCCUUACACUGUGGAGGACAUGGAUCUAAACGGGACAUACUACCAGCGUGAUGCAUACCCACUGGAUGCUCGGGAGCGCUCAAUGACCAUCUCCUCUCCUUUUCGGCACUCUCCCUCUUCCUACAAACCCAAAGCACUUGACCAGAACCAGAACGCUUCUCGCCCACGACCUCUGUCUCUCCUCCAGCACUCACAGUCCAACUCUCUCCCUCCAAAACUCUCCUCUUUGUCUCUGUCCCUCUCCCCCACUCCCCCAUCGUCUCCCUCCUGUGCCUCCCCUCACGCCUCUGCAUACCUGGCCCCGCGCAUUAACACCCCAAACUCUACCUCACCUUCGCCCUUGCGCACACCGUCCUCUUCGUUUAACUUUGACAUUGCCGAGCCAGCAGGACCACUUAAAAACCGUCCACUACCUUCAAAUCUCCCUAAAGACGACUUGUUACCCCCUUUGGAUCAGCCUCUUCCUACCAGAGACUGGGUUACCAUUGAAGGCGAUUUUGUCCUGGUUUUGGCCCUAUAUCAGUCCCAUCUUGGGGCGGAUCUGCAUGCUGCACCACAAGCCAGGUUUGACGAUGGAUUAAUUCAUCUAACAUUUGUGCGGGCGGGCAUCUCUAGAGCCACUCUGCUGAGGCUGUUCUUUGCGAUGGAGAGAGGGACCCAUCACUCCGUCAGUUCUCCGUAUGUGAGUCAUGUGACUUGCAGAGCCUUCCGUCUGCAGCCCCUGUCCUCACGUGGGACCCUGACGGUGGAUGGAGAGCUUGUUCCCUAUGGGCCUCUUCAAGCACAGGUUCAUCCUUCCUUGUCUCGUCUUAUUGUCGGCGACUCUGGAGUGAGGAUCACGCGAUUCUAGGGACUCAGGGAUUGGUUGAGCUGUGUUUAGCGUUGUCUACUGAAUUAUGUAAUCUCUGUUGCCAUGUCCACUCUGCUAUGAGGAAACCGAGCAAGAGGGGUAAAUCAGAUGAGACUCUUAAAUAUCCCGGGCUGCUGAAACUGCUUUUCUACAUUUAAUGAAAAGGGAUAACCCACCGAGCCACAUGUUUUUGAGUGCAGGGAUUAAUGUCUUUCAAAAAUGGAAAUUGAAAAAAGUUGCACAGUUGUAGGAUUACACAUGGCAUCCUCUGAGAAGCAUGACACUGCACAGCUUGGAACAAUACGAGGGAAAACAAUCAAAUAUGUGAUUGGUGCAGAUAGUGCAUGUAUACAGUAGUCGUAUGCAUGCAGAAAAGCACUACCUGUUUUUGCCUUACCGUGAUAUUUUGAACGAAAUCCAAAUAUAUUAGAAUUGUAUUAAAUCACACUUUAAGUCUCACUGAACGUGUCUGGGGUACGCACCAGAAUAAAUGAUCCAUGGCCUUUUGUAUCUAAGUUUCAGUGAAAAAUCUCCCUUAUGGAAUGCCUUAUAUGUCGCUGGACAAUGUUGUUGCUGUGCCCUGAUUUUUUGUUUUUGUCCUUCAAAAGGAAAAUUAAAUAAUGAACCCUCUAUCAAUUCUUCAUAACGUAAUAUCACAUGAAGACCAGCUAGGUUUAUAUGUUUAGACAGAUUGACAGAGCUGUAUUGUGUAUUCAAACAACUUACUUCAACUAUAAUUAAGUGUAUUCCCACCACUUCCUUGAAUGACUACAGAAUGUGGAUUUUCAUGCAAUAGAAUCAUUGUGCAUCAACAUCAAGAUUUUGGUAGUUUGAAGAGGUUACGUUGAUGUGACCUCAUAACAUACAAACUGCCCAUAGGUAAAUAUUAAGGUGUAGGACAGGUCAGUUUCUAUGGUAGAUUUUGCCCUUUAGUUAUCAAAAUGCUGUGGUUUUACCUGAUUUAUUGUGUUAUUUUGUAAUUACUGGGCUAUCCACAUGAAACUAAGAUGGAACUUGUCUUCUCUAUCAGCACAAAUUAGCUAAGGUGAUUUGUUUCAGAAAGUAUUAGCAUUAAAUAGAGGUAAGAUAAGAUUGUCCACUGAAACUAGCUGGUUUGUCCCAAUCCUUGACACAAAUUGUUCAACAUUUCUGGAUUUUUCUUUCAAAAAUAGAGAGUUACUUAAGCCCCUUCCUUCAUCUGAAACCAUGACACCACUUUCUAGAGUUUUGUAAAUGCAACGUAUCCAUGUGUUUCAGAAUGAUGAAAAGUUAGGGCUGUUGCCAUAGCAAUUAACUAUUUAAAACAAAAUAUUUAUAUCUUUUGAAUGAUCAUCUAUGCUCAAAAUGGCACCAUAUAAAACCCAUGAAUCUGACAUAUUCUACAUUUUUUGCUGGCUUGUCUUAUGAACUGAUGCACGAUUUUUGAUGUCAGCAAACUUUACCGGCUUAAGUGAACUUGAACAUGUCUGAACACGCAAGCCUUUAUCAGUAGCUUUAGACUGUUCGUUUAAUGAAGUCAUAUCAUUAAUGUCAUGUCAUUUAUUUGUUAUUUGUUUAUUUUGCACAUUUACAAAAGAAAAAUGAAUCAGACUAUUGAGUAGAAUGAGUAAACCGGUGCUUUUGCUAUAAACGGCUGCAUCAUUCCUAAAGUGAUAUGAGAAGAUUAUUUCCAAGCACUGGUAUAUGCAAAGAUAUUUCAGAAAUUAAUAGGCCUAUUGCUAAUAUUUUUGUAUAAGAAAUUUACACAUAGAAAUUUGACUGUAAUUGUCAUCAAAGUGCACUCAAACAAGCAUUGAUUCAGAAAGGUUACACAUAAAUAACCUGUAGAAGUUUGCCUAUAAUUUUCAGAAAUGAGCUCAAAUUCUCUUUCUGUACACUCAGAAAAUAUGUACAAAAGCAGCCUUGAUCUAAAAUUACAAUUAUUUUUACAGGAAAGAAUUACAUGUAGGAUUUUACAGCAAUGGUCUGUAAUUGCCUCAGAUUUGUCACUUUCUCUGAAAACUCAAAUAUCUUAAAAACAGCCUUGUACUUGCCAUUUAGAAAUUACAUCUGCCUAUCUACUUCCAUACAAUGUUUUUUGUUUUUGUUUUUUUGUAAUUGCUCAUCAUUUACCAUACUGUAAUUGUAUUUCAUGCCUCAUCAAAGCCUUUGUCCUGAAACUUCCUCUGACUGGACAAUUUUGUUAGCAGAAAGAUGGACGACAUAUUUUUGCUUCGGGCCUUUAUUCUUUUGUUUCACCGCACACAAAGCAGCUAGUACACAAAUAUUUUACACUGUGCUUUCUCAGCUACAGAAUGUGAUUUUUUUUUAUCAGUCUAGACUUGUACACAUUUCCAAAUAGAAGCAUUGAUUAAUAAAAACUUUGAAGUAAUUGCCAUAUUGUUUACUCUUGAUAUAAAGAGAAAAUAGUUUACUUUGUGGAUUAGGUGCAGUGUUAGGGACUGAUACCUAAAAAAGCUGUUUGUUUGUCAUGGACUGCCUGUAAGGAUGUUGUAAUUAUUACUAAACAACUAUGAAAGAUGUACAGUUAAUAGUUAUAUGAUUUUGAAUAAAUGUAACUUCAUACAUUU